ACCUCCUCGAAACCCAGGACCGAGCGGCGAUCCUCUCCUCGACAAGUUGAAACCCUAGCACACGCACCCGUUUUGUUGACGAACGGCGGCGCACCUCGCUCUCCUUCCUUCCGGCCUCCUCCCAGAGGGGAGGAUACGCGGGCCGCUGCCCUCCAUCCCUCGAUCUGUACAGCAGCAUGCGUCCUAGUAAGGAUCCGAAGGAGCUGGAGAAGAUGAUCACUGUCGCCACUUCCUCUCAGUCCUUUGACCAAUCUCUUGGCAUCCCUAAAUGGUUUAUGCUUGACAGUUCACUUGUCCUUGGAAAGCUUGUCAAUUGCACAAAGGCCACAUUCCACUCAGAUGCGGGUUUGGAAUUUUCUAUUUCCCUUCAGUGUGCUAUUCCGCCAGCAUCCUCCUAUGUACACCUUGACUGCGCACAGGCCGUGACACCCCCCACAGAGGAGCACGGCUUCUAUGGGGCUUCCUCCGUUGUUGCCGCCGAUGGAGAAGUACUGCUUGUUCGUAUCGUGGUGCCUGUGAAAGGGAAGUAUGGGUACAACUAUCCUGUAGAGUACUUCAUCUAUGCACCCUGCCUGCAAACCCCCCCAAUUGAGCGCCUACCUUGUAUGGAUGAUGAGUGGGCACGAUGGCCUGGGGUUCUUGGUAUCGCUCACUGCGGCAAGUGUGUUAUGGUUGUUGGCUUUAGAAAAAUUUUAGUUGUCGACAAUACAUGUAAAGGUGCCCGCAAGGAGUUAGUUCAACUUGGUCGGUUCUGCUCAGGUGCCAAAAACUGGGAUGUGGAAGAAAUAGAGUUGCCUUACGACCAUGACAAUGGGCUGGAGCCAUUUCAGUGGGACACUGCCUUCGCUUUCUCAUAUGGCAACAGGAUGUCCUUUGUUGAUUAUAAUACCGGUCUGAUGUUCUGCGAUAUUUUUAGUGAUUCUCCUAACCUCCAGUACGUCAAAUUCCCUGUACCGGUGAGAAAAGUAAACUUCAGUGUUGAAGAUAAUGAUCAAGAAGAAGGUGUACCGAUCGAAUCAUAUAGGAAUGUUGGUAUCUGUGAGGGAAAAAUCAAGUUUGUUAGUGUUGAUAGUUGCUGCAACAAGACCACUGGACCCAUCAUCAAGACAUGGACACUGUGCAUUCCGGGGAUGGUCUGGGAAAAAGAUAGCAUCCUCGAUGUCAAACACCUGUGGGCAACAGCCUUUAAAGCUUCCCGCCUACCUCUAUGGGUUCCGCGGUUUCCUGUUGUGGAUGCACAAGACCCAGACAUACUACACUUCGUAUUGCUGGGGCCAAAUUAUCAUGACAGGGUGUGGAUAGUCACUAUUGACAUGAAGACGGCGACACUGAAGUCCUACAAGAACUACCGUAAUGCUGAGCAGCGUGACGAAUACAAAGGAAUAUUUAUGUACAAACCCUUCCUAUGCAGCGUGCUAUCUAAAUACACAGUGGGGCCAUCAGAUUGGCAGGUUGACGAAAACAGAGCAAUGAUGUGGAGAGCAGCAGCUAUGGAGGAGACAGAUUCAGAACAUGAGGAUGCAAGCUGCCGGAGCAUGGAAAUGUAUUAUUCGGAUGAUGAGGAUCGUAUGACGGAUGAUGAGGAUCGGAGACGGGUUGUUGAGUAUGACAAUGUUUUCAUGGAAUGAUAAUGUGAAAUUGUA